UGGGGGUUUGGGUAUGGGUUUUCUUUUUUUCUUUUUUAGAAGUAUGCUGCUCAGCUAUCAAAACAGCUGACAAACUACUACUAAACUGUACCUACAAUCUGUUUAUUUUAAAAUUUGUAGGAUAAAUAGCAUUAGCAUUACUGAAUAAUGAAUUUAUGAUCUCAUUCAAAGUAGUUGUAGAAUUUUCAUAUACCCAGAAAGUCAGGAUGAUGAAGCAAAAGUGCUUCUUAAAAUCUCUUUUCCCUCAUGAAUAUUAUAAAGAAAUAUCUGCAAUCUUGAUUUUUUUUUUCUCUGUACUUUUUAGGAAGAUGAUGCUCGUUGUCCAGGUUAUCUGAGGUUCUCUUAGUCACAAGCUGAAACAGGAACGACUGAAGGCGAUUUCUGGAACCCUGGAUAUACAAUUCAAAUUUGUAGGAACCUUUUCCAGAAUGAAAACCGCAUACAGUUACCUUGAUAAUUGCAAAAGGAUGAGAGGAAAGUUAUGAUGGCAAAAAACAAAGAGCCACGCCCCCCAUCUUAUGCUGUUAGUGUUGUUGGACUGUCUGGAACUGAAAAGGAUAAAGGUAAUUGUGGAGUCGGAAAGUCAUGUUUGUGCAAUAGAUUCGUUCGUUCAAAAGCAGAUGAAUAUUAUCCUGAGCAUACCUCUGUGCUUAGCACAAUUGACUUUGGAGGAAGAGUUGUCAACAAUGAUCACUUUUUGUACUGGGGUGACGUAACACAAAGUGGUGAGGAUGGAAUUGAGUGCAGAAUUCAUGUAAUUGAACAGACUGAGUUCAUUGAUGAUCAGACUUUCUUGCCUCAUCGGAGUACGAAUUUGCAACCGUACAUAAAACGUGCAGCUGCCUCCAAACUGCAGUCCGCAGAAAAACUAAUGUACAUUUGCACAGAUCAGCUAGGCUUGGAGCAAGACUUUGAGCAAAAACAAAUGCCUGAAGGGAAAUUAAACAUAGAUGGGUUUUUAUUGUGCAUCGAUGUAAGCCAAGGAUGCAAUAGGAAGUUUGAUGAUCAACUUAAAUUUGUGAAUAAUCUUUAUAUCCAGCUCUCAAAAUCUAAAAAACCCAUAAUAAUAGCAGCAACAAAAUGUGAUGAAUGUGUGGAUCAUUAUCUGCGAGAGGUUCAGGCCUUUGCUUCAAAUAAGAAGAACCUUGUGGUUGUGGAAACAUCGGCAAGAUUCAACGUCAAUGUUGAAACAUGUUUUACUGCACUGGUACAAAUGAUGGAUAAAACUCGUGGUAAACCUAAAAUAAUCCCCUAUCUGGAUGCCUAUAAAACUCAAAGACAGCUAGUUGUUACGGCAACAGAUAAAUUUGAAAAACUUGUCCAAACUGUGAGAGACUAUCAUGCAACUUGGAAAACUGUUAGUAACAAACUGAAAAACCAUCCUGAUUAUGAAGAGUACAUAAAUUUGGAAGGAACAAAAAAGGCCAAAAAUACAUUUUCAAAACACAUAGAGCAACUUAAACAGGAACAUAUUAGGAAGAGAAAAGAAGAAUACAUUAAUGCAUUGCCAAGAGCUCUUAAUACUCUGCUAUCAAAUCUUGACGAGAUUGAACUUUUGAGCUGGUCAGAAGCCUUGAAGGUAAUGGAGAAAAGGCCUGACUUCCAGUCCUGUUUUGUAGUGCUUGAAAAAACACCCUGGGAUGAAACUGACCACAUAGAUAAAGUGAAUGACAGAAGGAUUCCAUUUGACCUUCUCAGUACCCUAGAGGCAGAAAAAGUUUAUCAAAACCACGUGCAGCAUCUUAUAUCUGAAAAAAGGAGGGUUGAGAUGAAAGAGAAAUUCAAAAAAACUCUUGAGAAAAUCCAAUUCAUUUCACCUGGACAGCCAUGGGAAGAAGUUAUAUGUUUUGUGGUGGAGGACGAAGCCUUCAAAUACAUCACUGAUGCAGAUAGUAAGGAAGUGUAUGGUAGGCAUCAGCGGGAGAUUGUUGAAAAAGCCAAAGAGGAGUUUCAGGAAAUGCUUUUUGAGCAUUCAGAGCUGUUUUAUGAUCUGGAUCUUAAUGCAACACCAAGUACAGAUAAAAUGAGUGAAAUUCAUGCAGUUCUGAGUGAAGAACCUAGAUACAAAGCUUUACAGAAACUUGCACCUGAUAGAGAAUCUCUUCUGCUCAAACACAUAGGAUUUGUUUAUCACCCAACUAAAGAAACUUGUCUCAGUGGCCAAAAUUGCAUGGACAUAAAAGUAGAAGAGUUGCUUGCCAACAGUCUUCUGCAACUAGACCACGGACGCUCAAAUUUCUACCAUGAUAGUGCCAACAUUGAUAAAAUCAAUCUUUUUAUUUUGGGCAAAGAUGGUCUUGCACAAGAAUUGGCAAAUGAAAUUCGGACACAAUCCACUGAUGAUGAAUAUGCAUUAGAUGGAAAAAUAUAUGAACUAGAUCUUAGGCCAGUUGAUGCCAAAUCCCCAUACUUGCUGACUCAGUUGUGGACCUCGGCCUUCAAACCACAUGGUUGUUUCUGCGUGUUUAACUCUAUUGAAUCACUGACUUUUAUUGGGGAGUGCAUUGCAAAAAUAAGGGCUGAAGCAUCUCAGAUAAGGAGAGACAAGUAUAUGGCUAAUCUGUCGUUUACGUUAAUAUUGGCUAACCAGAGGGACAGUGUUAGCAAGAAUUUACCUAUUCUGAGACAUCAGGGACAGCAAUUGGCUAACAAGUUACAGUGUCCUUUUGUAGAUGUGCCUGCUGGUACAUACCCACGCAAGUUUAACGAGGCCCAAAUAAAACAAGCUCUGAGGGGAGUACUGGAAGCAGUUAAACACAAUUUUGAUGUUGUAAGUCCAGUUCCCACCAUUAAAGACCUGUCAGAAGCUGAUUUAAGGAUUGUCAUGUGUGCCAUGUGUGGCGAUCCAUUCAGUGUGGAUCUUAUUCUUUCACCUUUUCUUGAUUCUCACUCCUGUAGUGCUGCUCAGGCUGGCCAUAAUAAUUCUUUAAUGCUUGAUAAAAUAAUAGGUGAAAAGAGACGUCGAAUACAGAUAACUAUAUUAUCAUACCAUUCUUCAAUUGGUGUAAGGAAAGAUGAACUUGUUCAUGGAUAUAUACUGGUCUAUUCCGCAAAGCGAAAGGCAUCCAUGGGAAUGCUUCGGGCAUUUCUUUCUGAAGUUCAGGAUACAAUUCCUGUCCAGCUGGUAGCUGUUACUGAUAGCCAGGCUGACUUCUUCGAGAAUGAAGCAAUCAAGGAACUCAUGACUGAAGGAGAACACAUAGCAACAGAAAUUACUGCUAAGUUUACAGCUUUAUAUUCAUUAUCUCAAUAUCAUCGUCAAACUGAGGUUUUCACAUUGUUCUUCAGCGAUGUGUUAGAGAAAAAGAACAUGAUUGAAAGUUCCUACAUGUCAGACAGCACAAGGGAAUCAACGCAUACGAGUGAAGAUGUUUUUCCAAGAUCUCCGAGAGGAGGUUCCCUUGACUAUAAUUACCCAGAUUCAGAGGAUGAUGCCGAAGGACCACCACCUUACAGUCCAAUUGGUGAUGAUGUCAGGUUACUCCCAGCACCUAGUGAUCGUUCAAAGUACCGACUGGAUUUGGAAGGUAAUGAGUAUCCUAUUCACAGUACACCAGUCAAUUGUCAUGACCAUGAACGCAACCAUAAAGUGCCUCCUCCAAUAAAACCGAAACCACUUGUUCCAAGAACAAAUGUGAAAAAACUGGACCCUAACCUUCUGAAAACAAUUGAGGCAGGUAUUGGCAAAAACCCCAGGAAACAGCCUUCUCGAGUGCCUGCAGUGCCACCAGAAGAUACUGACCAAUCUGACAACUAUGCUGAACCUAUUGACACUAUUUACAAACAUAAAGGCUUUGCAGAUGAUAUCUAUGCGGUCCCAGAGGAUAGUCAGAAUCGUAUUAUUAAAGUUCGAAAUUCAAUUGUUAUAAAUACCCAAGGUGAGGAAGAAAAUGGGUUUUCAGAUAGAGUAUCCAAAAGUCAUGGGGAAAGAAGGCCUUCAAAAUACAAGUACAAGUCUAAGACACUGUUCAGUAAAGCCAAGUCUUACUAUAGGAGAACACAUUCAGAUGCAAGUGAUGACGAGGCUUUUACCACCUCUAAAACUAAAAGAAAAGGAAGACAUCGUGGAAGUGAAGAAGACCCGCUUCUUUCACCUGUUGAAACAUGGAAGGGUGGCAUAGAUAAUCCUGCGAUUACAUCGGAUCAAGAAUUGGAUGACAAAAAAAUGAAAAAGAAACCCCACAAAGUAAAAGAGGAUAAGAAGCCGAAAAAGAAAACUAAGACAUUCAAUCCUCCAAUCCGUAGAAACUGGGAAAGUAAUUACUUUGGGAUGCCCCUACAGGAUUUGGUUACACCUGAGAAACCAAUACCUCUGUUUGUUGAAAAAUGUGUGCAAUUCAUUGAAGAUACAGGAUUAUGUACUGAAGGCCUGUACCGUGUUAGCGGGAAUAAAACAGAUCAAGACAACAUUCAAAAACAGUUUGAUCAAGAUCAUAAUAUCAGUCUAGAAUCAAUGGGAGUAACAGUGAAUGCAGUGGCUGGGGCUCUGAAAGCUUUUUUUGCAGAUCUGCCAGAUCCGUUAGUUCCUUACUCUCUGCAUCAAGAGUUGUUAGAAACAUCAAAAAUUAUGGAUAAGACAGAACGGCUACACGAGUUAAAAGAGAUUGUGAAGAAAUUCCACCCAGUGAACUAUGAUGUCUUCAGAUACAUAAUAACACAUCUAAACAGGGUUAGUCAGCAAUAUAAGACCAACUUUAUGACUGCUGAUAACUUAUCGAUUUGUUUCUGGCCUACUUUGAUGAGACCUGAUUUUGAAAACAGAGAGUUUCUUUCUACCACCAAAAUCCACCAAUCAGUUAUAGAGACCUUCAUUCAACAAUGUCAAUUUUUCUUUUACAAUGGAGAGAUUGUAGAAGCACCCAACCCAGUGGCUUGUCAGCCACCGCCUUCCAACCCAGUGCAGAUGGUGGAGCCCAUGGUACCUCUGCAGCUGCCGCCCCCGCUGCAGCCUCAGCUGAUACAGGCACAGUUACCAGCAGACCCUCUUGGUAUCAUAUAGACAGAAGAUGAUUGCAGGCAGCCUGGUGCUGGACAGUAGAGACAAGCUGUAGACAUGCAUGUUUCAGGAUACAGUAAUGUACUUCAUAUUUAUGAAAAAUAAUUCCCAUCCAGCUGAUUGGACAUCUUUUUGUUAUAUCCCGUACUGUGUUCCUCAUUUGUACACGCUGCAGAUAAAAACUAUGUGAUAAGCAUGACUGGAGAGGUUUAAUUUUUAAAAGCAAAAAUAGCUAUAAAGUACAAAGCUGCUGCUGCAUGAUACCUUAUUGCAAUCACUAUAUCAUUCCUGUGACAGUUUGUCACAAUAUAUUGUGAAUAAAAUUUUUCUAUAGAAAUUAAAUGAUUUAAAAAAAUUACAUUUAUGAAACAUUCAGUGCUUACAGCCUGCUUUAUGGCUGGUUUUUGUUAUUUAACAUGCUAUUUUUGGCAAUUUUAUUCACAUUCAAGCAUUCUGUGUAAACAACUAAAGCCGAGCUAUAGUUUAUUUUGUAAUCUCCUGGCUACUUAUGUGACUUUAUGCUUAGGGUGGUUUAUGGAAGAAUGCAAAAUGCACUGUUGAGAAUUUUACGAUCCCUCACCAUCCAUCUUUACUUAUAAGUAAACCUGUGGACAGUUCAAGGGUGGGUGAACUUGCUUAUUAUUUCUUACAGCACAAUACCAAGGACAUGCUUGUUGUUAAAAGUGAGUUUCAAAUAUUGUACAAAAUUUUGAUGUUGCCUACUUAUUUCUUUAUGUUCCAUUACUGAACUAAACAUUUUGUAAAACUGUUAAUUCUGUAAACAGCUGCAUGUUUAAAAGAUCAUUGAUGGUCUUGUAAACUUAAUCUAAUAUAUUUUAGAUAUUUUAAUUUUUCCCACUUGGGAAUACAUGUAGUGUUUAGGACAUAGUUCAUGACAUUUUCAUAUAAGGUUAUAUAACUUUUCAUACAUAAACAUGACUUUUGUUGUAGUAAAAUUCUCUAAACCAAACAAUGUUAUAAUCUAGGACUUCAAUUAAUCUAUUCUUUAAAUCUAUUUUUAUGUGACCCUCUAAAUAUAUACAAAAAUGCAUUGCUAAUACAUGGCAAUAAAUACUUUGGGUACUGACAAUUAACCUCUUUGGAGUGUGUAUAUAUAAAAUCAUAUAAACUUGUAUUCUUAUUUUUUUUCCUGUGGUAUGUUGUACUAAAAUUGCAAAUGACUCUUUUUUUUUCACCGUAAUUUUAAAUUAUCUUUUUUUUUUUCCAUUUCUUUUACUUUUGUAUUGGUACCAAUUUUGCUGUAAAAGAAUGCUGCUUAAUUUAAACAAAUCUUUUGGUUAAAUAUUUUGAUAGUGGUAAAAAAAUUAGAAGGUUACAAAUUGUAGCAAAGGGGAGACCAUAGAUAAACACUACCUGUGAGAUUUUUCAUAGCAGCUUUUUUUCUUUCAUGCUCAAAAUGUACCUUUUUAGGUCUGCAAAAAAGAAAGUUUUGGCUCAUUCAGCUGCUAGAAUGUUUUGUGUAGUUAAAAAAAAGAAAGCUUUAUGAUGGUCACUGUUGUAAUCUUCACUUAUAACAAGAUUUAAGAUCGUCUUGUAUGUAUUAUAGUAGAUAGAUGAUUUUGAGAAUUAAGGCUUUUAUUAAGAGAUUGAUUUGCUCCAUUUUCCCAAAAUAAAAAUUGCCUUUUCCACUUAUGUCCUAGGUAUUGUACUUCUAAUGACUUGGGAUUAUCAUUCUAGAUCACUAAAAUACCAUAAACCUGGCUGCUGUUUAAAGAACAUGUAUAUUAUAAAUUAUCUUGAUAUUGUGUUAUAUUCUUGCAAGUAAUUAUCUUUUUUAAGAAAGCAAAAAAGAAAAGUCAACCCUAUUCCUACUGCAAAGCACACAGGAAGUAAUAGUACAAUAAAGUCUGUCCUGUAAAUUGUA